AUGUCCGCCUUAAUCGAUAUCAAGGCACUCGCCAUAUUCAAGAGAUACAACACGCUUUAUUUCUGGUCGCUGUUGGUUACAUCCUGGGGUAUCAUUUUCCACUCUAUAGCGGUCAUGUUGAAGUGGUUCGUGGCGAGCUGUCCAUGGGAACUCCAUUAUUCCUUUUCCGGCUUCGGAUGGUGUACACGCUCACAUCCUGGCGUGUGGUUGACGGUCUUUCACGUCUACGAACGAAUACAAUUAGUUGUAUUCAUAGUUCAGGAGCUCAUCAUUUCGAUCAUAUACAUCCGUGCUGCCGUGAUUUGGCUCUCCCCAAGUGAUCCGCAGGGCACGCGACAUACAAAACACUUUCUCAUAUGGCUCAACAUUUUGUGUAUCGCUCUCGAUUUUGCCAUUGUUGCUGAAGUUUCUGCCAACGAGUGGGUAUACGAAGAAGCCUCGCAGUCCCUAGCAUACGCGAUUAAGCUGACGCUUGAAUUUGCCGUUCUCAACAAAGUCAUGGAGGUCUACCGCAACGGUCCCGGUGGCUGUGCAACUUGUCAUCGUAAACUCGGUUCAAGGAGCCUCGCGAGUAUUCCUAGCAGUCCACAGUACCAUCCAAAAGCGAGGCAGGGCAGCGAAUCAAGAGGGAGAAACUUCUUGAAGGCUUCUUGGCCAAAGAGCAAACCUAAAUCGCCCGAGAACUCGGAACCCUUUGAUGAAGAGGGAAUGAUAUUGAGUCCCCUGGCGAUUGAUGUUGUCACAAAGAUCGAUGCUGUGUCAACGCACGCAGUGAAAAGACAUGAUGAGCAUCCUGCGGCUAAGGGUACUGCUGGAGCUUCUGGCGUCACUACAGACAUUGUGGCUAGGAACAGCGAUGACAACGUUCGACAUGACUCAUUCUAG